AUGAAAAAACUUGUCUGUAAAAUAAAAGAAUCUCGCAUGAAAAAAGAAAACUCGUUGCAAAAAAUCAAUGAACUUUACAGGACAGGUCUCGGUUACUAUCGUUCUCAUGAAUAUCAGAAUGCAUACAUGUUCUUUAAUCUAGCUGCUGAGCACAAUCACAAAGACGCUCAAUAUGUAUUGGGCAUUAUGUAUGGUCGAGGUAGAGGCGUUGAUCAAGAUAUACAGCAAGCCGUACAUUGGUAUAAGAAAUCAGCCGUCAACGGUAACCUAAAAUCACAUCAUAAUCUAGGUGUAUGUUAUCGAGACGGCAUCGGUGUCGAAAAAGACGAGGUAAAGGCUCUUUAUUGGUUUACAUUGGCUGCUGAGAAUGGUGAUGUGGAUUCACAGUAUAGCACAGCUAUCAUUUACUACAAGGGAUCUCAGCAAGACCAUAAAAUGGCUUAUCUAUGGUUCAAGAUUGCUGCAGAAAACGACCAUGUCAUGGCUCAAUAUGCAUUGGGACUCUUGCACUAUUAUGGCCAUGGUGUGCCUCAAGAUCUAAAGAAGGCAUUUGUCUGGUUUGAAAGAGUGUCUGAUAAAGAGGCGUCGGGAGACGCUUACGUCUACCUUGGACAGAUCUAUCUGGACCAGAAAGAUACCGAGGCGGCGAAACAGGCUUACCUAAAAGCAGCUCUGAGAGGCAACAGUCAAGCUCAGUAUAAGUUAGGUCAAUUGUAUGAAUCUAUUCAUAGUAACCAAAGCGAAGCAAUAGCUUGGUAUAAAGCAUCUGCUUCGCAAGGACAUUGUGGAGCACACGUGUGCUUAGCUCAGAUAUACAUACGGCAAGGUGCACUUGAUCUAGCUAUUCAGUGGUUUCAGAAAUCACAUCACGCCGGAAAUGCAAAUGAAGGUACAUUAUUACUUGAAGCACAGCAAUUAGAAGAGAAACUAAAGACGGACAAUCCUUGUGAAAAAGAAGGCCAUAUUUGGUCAUGUAAGAAUACCCAAUUAACAAGCGAUCAUCAUAGCACGUUAUCAGAUGUAACUUUAUCAGAUGAAUAA